AAGAGGACGCAUUUCAGCUUCAGUAUCCCUGGAAAUUCGACUUCAAUAAUCUCCGUGUGUCACUUACAAAGUUGGUGGAUUCAAAAUUAAUUAGGUGCAAAAAAAAACGUGUGUCACUUACAAAGUUGGUGGAUUUAAAAUUUCCUCGCUAAAUCCAAGUAAAUAGUUUCCUCGUAAAUAAGACGCGAAGUUUACGUCCACUUUACGAGGAACGUACGUGAAACAUGAUAUCAUCGUUAUUUCCUCGUAAAUGACACGUCACAUUACAUCGACUUUACGACGAACGGUUUUUGUCGUUAGUUUACGAGGAAAUAACGACGAUACCGUUAUUCACGUAAAAUCCUCGUAAAGUUGAGGUAAACUUACGAGGAUUUUUUUUCCUCGUUAAUAUUCCUCGUUAAGCUUGAGUUUUCUUGUAGUGGUCAAUGGUCUUUCCCUAUCUGGAUAAGCCCGUUCCACCUGGUAUCCUGAUUUUACCGUGUAUCUCCUAUUAUUUGUGAAAUGCCAUCCAUCUUUAUAUGUACCCUGAAUCCUACUCAAAGGUAUACUUUCAAUAUUUUCACAUCCUGGGGAUCCACUAAAGCCCAAAGAGCCUGCAAGUUCCAAGUUCGCGAAGUAGAAUCUAUUAAAGAAUCCACUUUAAAGUACGGAUAGUUAUCGUGCAGAUUUUUAGUUGCUGGUCUCGGGCGGGUGGUUGGGAGCCAAUGAUCAUUCCAUACAGAAAUGAAUGAUCUUGGUCACACCCUUUUGAUGAGUCAUUUGCUUACCAGAGAUCUAGCUGAAGCAAUACUCCGCCAGCCGUAUGAAAGGGAGUAUGAGCAAAUCGGCUCCAGGGGUGAUGCAUUCUUGUAAUACCGACCUUUAAAGACGCGUGAAAAUAAUGUGUUUGGCUUGUAUAUCAACCGCCAUAACUGCUUGCCCAAUAUCGCCGUAUUAAAAUCUGUUAUAUCUUUAAAACCCAAGCCUCCCUCUUCCUUGCUGACACAGAUUUUAUCCCAUGAUUUCUAAUGCAUACCUUUUGUACUUCUCCCUGGACUCCACUAAAACUGAGCUACUGCAGCUGUCAGUUUCUUCGCGGUUGCCUUUGGUAAUUGAUAGCAGGACAUAACAUGUAUUGGUAGUGCCAUAACUACUGAUAUGAUUAUUACCUCCUUCCCUCCUUUUGAGAAAAAAUGAAAGUCCACCCAUUAAUCCUGUUUGUCAAGCGUUCCUGCAUAAAGCUGAAAACUUGUAUCUUAGAUCCGUCAAUAUUCUCUGGUAUUCCCAGAUAAGAUCCCAUUCCUCUUAGAUUUUGUAUACCCAAAAUGUCUCUUAUCUCCUGUCUGUUGGAUUCCUCAAUCUUGUGUCCGAAUCAGAUCGAAGAUUUUUGGAAGUUAAUAAGUUGACCAGAAACCUCCUCAUACUCUUUUAGAAUCCAUAGAAUUGUUUGACACUCCUCUCUUUGUGCGUUGCAGAAGAAAUGACUAUUGUCUGUAAAAAGCAGGUGAGAGACCGGAGGACAUGCUCUGGCUACUUUCAUGUCCGUUAUUUGUUUUUUUUCUUUCUGCCUUUUCAAUGUUUGCUAUUAAUGUCUUAGUACACAUAAUAAAAUUAUAUGGGGAUAAUAGAUCCCUUGCCAUAAACCUCUGUUUGGAAUUAUGAGCCCCCGCGGUUGACCAUUAAGUAGAACCCGAUAUUACACCGACGAUAUGCACUCCCUCAUUAGUUUACCCAAUGGGGGUCAAAGCCCAUUUUCUGCAGUAAGGCAUAGAUGAAACUCCACUCCACUAUAUCGUACGUCUUACUCAUGUCCGUUUUGAUUGCCAUAUAUUUUCUUUUGCAUGCCUUGUUGGUACGCAGCCUAUGAAACAUCUCAUGUGCUAUUUGAAUAUUAUCAGAAAUUAGCCUUUCUGCCACAAAUGCCGAUUGAGUUUCCGAAAUAAAAGAGAGAAGACAAUAUUUCAACCGUUGACACAAGACCUUUGAGAUAAUCUUGUAUCCUACAUUGCAUAAGCUUAUUGGUCUUAGUUCCGUCAUCCUCGUAGGUCUCUCUGUUUUUGGAAAUUUAUUCCAAACUAUAAAUAUCAUGUUUAACCAUAAACUUAAUAUUAUGAUAUCAAUUUUCCUAACAUAUUCAAAAAGAUACGUUUAAAGGCAGUGUUGUGCCUCAAUAGAGAAAACAAGAAACAUUUUCUUCGGGCAUCAAAUUUUUUUUUUAAAAUCAAGGGCAUAAUUUUCUUCAUUUAUUAUUAACAAAGGCAUAAUAUACUUAUAAAAACAAAGAAUGAAAAUUAGAAUUACAAAAACAUGAAAUUAUAGUGGAAACAUGGUUUCUAAAGUAAACAAAAUAUAGACAAUUGUUAAUUAUUAAAUAACUAGAGUAAUUAGAUUGGUUGGUGGUUUUAGUUUUUGAAUGCAUUUUAAAAAUAUUUUCAAAAAUGUAAAGUUGAUAAAAAUUUAUUUUUGUUUGAUCAAGGCAUAAAAAUUGAGUAAUCUAAUUACUUUAUCUAAAAUAGUUAUAAAAUUUAAUGGUAAAAACUUAGUUAAUAUUUUUCUAAAAAUAAAAAUAAAUAUUUUUAUAUAAUUAGUAUUCCACAUUUAAAUAUAUAAUCAAAACAGGAAAUCAGUCGUAUUUGGCACUGAAAAAUUUAGGAUGAGUUAAACAUGAAAUAUUCAAUUAAUAUGUAACCCCAUCAAUAAUUCAAAUAUUCUAUAAAGAUGAAAUUUUUUCCAAUCAUUAAACAUAGAUAUCAAAUAUAUAUAUAUAUAAAGUAGAUUUUUUUCUCUUCUUAUGACAUGCGGAAGGGGGAGUUUGUUGACUUGUGUAUUCUUUUCUUUUUUUUACAUUUUAGAUCCUUCUUCUUUUAGAUUAUUGCAAUUUGGUUCACUAUUAUCUAAUUAUGCACUAUCUAAUCCUUCUCACACAAACCAUCAUCAUUUGAAGUUUGAUAAUCUAUUUUAUUUUAAAAAAAAUUGCAAAACGAAUAAAGAAAUAAGUAAAGACUUACUCAUGAGAAAUCCCACUGCCCGUUCGUUGUGAAGAGUAAACAAUCAGGAGCUAAGGGUGAGGAAUCUUCUGCGGAGAGUAAGAGGACAGAUCUGAUAGAGAGGUUGGCUGAAUCUGAUCCUCUGUAUGGGGUCCUUCCAGAUAAUCAGGUGGGGAGGGACCCAGCGUCAGGUCCACCAAAAAUUGCAGAGGAGGUUCUCCAAGGUAUGAGGCAGUAUCUGUUGGCAGCGGAAGGGCAGGAGAAGUUGACUAGAGAAGACAGAGUCAGGAAAUCGAUUUCUGAUUUGAUGGAUGAUCCUAUGGGUCAAAUAACCUUCUUAAGAUUGGAGCCGGCUCCAAUCAUCUCUAAGGCACUGGAUAAAAGAAAAGGGGUGGUGUAUGACUUCAGUGCUCAAAAGGAGCAUGUGGUGAGCUCGGAAAAACUGAUGGCCAGAGCUAUCUCAGCGGGUAUGAAAGUGCUUCAAUCUGGCAAGAUAGUAUCAGAGCACCCCCUCUCUGAAAUGGCUGCGAACUCUACUCAGUCAGAAUUUCUUACCGAGGGUUCAAUGGGUUAUAGUGUGGGCUUCUAUGAAACCUGCACUUCCGGGACCUCUCUAAAGAAACCUAAAAGUAGAAGAAGGCCAGACACCUAUAAGAGGAAAGGCAAUGGGAAGAGAGUUCAAAAGGAAGAUGUUGGAUCGGGGAAGAAGAUUGGAGAAGGUGUAGUCACAGAUUCUAAGAGGAAGUCAAAAGAAGAUGUCGAGCCAUAUAAAAGCUAUGCAAGGUUUAAGAAACCAAUGGUGGUCCCAAAUGAAGGACCUUCCAAGUUUUAAAUGAUGAUGUUGAGCUGGAAUUGCCAGGGCCUGGGCCGUGCACAUGAUUUGGUGAUUCCAAGACUGCGGGAAUUGAGACAGCAACAUUUCCCGGAUAUUUUGUUCUUGAUGGAUACAAAGCAUAACCGUGACGCUCUUGUAGAUAUUCAAACUUGGCUAGGCUACGAUAGGAUUAUGACUGUAAAUCCUAUUGGGUACAGCGCGGCUUAGCCUUGAUGUGAAAAAGUUCUUUGAAUAUUGUGUUUAAGUUUGUGGAUAAGCAUCUGGUGGAUUUCAAUGUACAAUUGGGUAAAGACAACUUCUAUGUGUCUUAUAUAUAUGGGGAGCAUGUGAGGAAGAACAAGCCAAAGCUGUGGGAGAGACUAUCCCGUAUUGGAGCAUACAGAAAGGAACCCUGGUGUAUGAUGGGUGAUUUCAACGAUAUAAGACAAUGGAGAGAAAAUUGGGGGACCAAGGAGAAGCGAAGCCUCCUUUCAACCGUUCAAUGACAUGCUGGAAAUAGGAGAGAUGGUGGAGCUUCAAAGCACAUGAAAUAGCUUUACGUGGGGAGUGAAAGAGGCACGCUUUCGAUUCAAUCUAAGCUGGACAGAUGUUUUGGUAAUAAGAAGUGGUUCCACCUCUACCCUGCAUCGAACCAAGUUUUCUUGGAUAAAAGAGGCUCUGACCACAUACCGGUUAUGGUGAAAUUAAUAUCAGCUUCUGAACCGUAUAGAGGCAGCUUCCGGUUCGAUGGCAGAUUCCUUCAUAAAGAUGGAGUGAAAGAUGAGAUUAAGAAGGUGUGGUUAACUAACCAUCCGUUGUUUGAAGCUAAGGUCUCAGACAGACUAAAAAGAUGCAUGAAAUCUCUGAGUAAGUGGAAAAAGAAGCAAAAUCUGAACUCUAGAGAUAAGAUCACUUAGAUUGAACACUCUUUGGAGAGGAAGCAGUCGUCGUUAACUUCUUCUAGUAUGAGGAUUGAUUAUCUGAAGAAGGAGUUGAUAAAAGCCUAUAGGGACGAAGAAUCAUACUGGAAACAGAAAAACAAGAACACAUGGGCAGUGAAAGGUGAUCUCAACAACAUAUACUACCAUGAUUCAGUGAAGGUUAGCAGGACAAAGAAGAGAAUCAACAAGUUAAUGGAUGAAAAUGGGCAGGAGCAGUUCUCAGAGGCAGCAAAAACGGAGGUGGCAACUGAAUAUUUCAAAAAGCUCUUCACCUCGACAAGCAAUGAAGAUUGGGAAUGAAAGAGGUUCUCAUGAGAGAAGUCAACAAGGAAGAAGUGAGAGAUGCAAUUUUCUCUAUAGACCCGGGAAGUGCCCCAGUGCCUGAUGGUAUGACGGAGAUGUUCUUCCAAAAGUACUGGGAUAUAGUGUGAGAUCAGGUUACGAAAGAAGUGCUGAAUUUCUUCGAUAUUGGGAAUUUUCCAGUCGAAUGGAACUACACCCACUUAUGCCUUAUACCAAAGAUAGAAGAUCAUGUACUCAUGUAAGACCUCAGACCAAUAAUCCUAUGCUCAGUCCUCUACAAGAUUAUUUCCAAAAUUUUGGGAGCCAAGCUGAAAACGUUGAUGGCAGAUAUAAUGUCUCCAACUCAAUCUGCUUUUGUGGAAGAAAGACUGAUUACUGACAACAUUUUGAUAGCCCACGAGAUGAUUCAUGCCUUUAGGACAAACGAGAAAUUCUCCAAGGAUUUCAUGGCCAUUAAAUCUGAUAUGCCGAAGGCGUAUGAUAGAGUUGAAUGGGGAUACCUGAGGGUUCUUCUACGAGCAAUGGGCUUCGAUGAGGUCUGGAUUCAAAGAGUUAUGUUAUGCGUUUCGACGGUGACCUAUUUGACUCUAAUAAACGAUCAGCCUUUCGGAUGCAUUCAACCGGAGAGGGUCUUCACCAGGGGGAUCCUUUAUCCCCCUUCUCAUUUGUGUUAUGCACGGAAGGCUUAAUUCAUCUGAUUGAGCAGGCUGUGAGCAAAGGUCUGCUGCAGGGGAUACAAUUCUCAGAAAAUGGGCCGAUGAUACACCAUAUGUUAUUUGAUGAUGAUAGCUUGCUCAUCUGCAAGGCUUAUGGCUCACAAGCUACUGAAAUAAUGAAGAUCAUGUCUGUCUACGAGCAGGCUACUGGUCAAAAAGAUAAUGUUGUGAAGUCAGCCAUAACUUUUGGAGCCAAAGUUGCUGAAAUUUCAAGAGAGUUGAUCAGACAGAAAACAGGGAUUGAAAAGGAAGGUGGAACUGGCUCGUAUCUUGGGUUGCCGGAAUGCUUCAGUGGAUCAAAGACCGAGCUGCUAGCUUACAUCUAUGGCAAGCUAAAGGAUCGGCUAUCAGGCUGGUUUGUCAAGCAACUCUCGCUGAAGGGAAAAAAGAUUUUGAUCAAGGCUGUGGCAAUGGCUAUGCCAGUGUAUGCAAUGUCAUGUUUUAAAUUGACCAAAAAGUCUUGCGAAAACCUGACUAAAGCAAUGUCGGAUUUCUGGUGGAACUCUCUUGAGCAUAAGAGAAAGAUACAUUGGUUGAGUUGGAACAAGUUGAGUUUGGCAAAAGAGCAAGGAGGCCUGGGGUUUAAGGAUAUUCAGAAUUUUAAUCAAGCAUUAUUGGCCAAGUAGGCUUGGAGAAAACUCAGUCAUCCGGAGUCUCUAUUUUCCAGACUAUUCAAGAGUAGAUAUUUUGAGAAUUUUGACUUCUUGAAUGGCCCGCGACCAUCGUAUGCCUGGCGUAGCAUCCAGUUUGGAAAUAUCUACUCUUGAUGGUUCCUUUCCAAACUGGAUGUUCGUGGGUACUAAGAAACGAGUGGGGCAAGGUGAUCAUGCAUAGUCGUUGGGCCUUUUCUAACGUCGCCUUUCUGGACGAAGCUAAAUUCCAAGGGCUUCUAUGGACUGUGGAAUGCUUGAGCGCCCACCAUGUGAACCGGGUCAUAAUAGCCAUUGAUGAUGCGACCUUUCCAAAUGUAAUCCUGAGACCAAGAGCAUGGCCAAGCUUCACCUGCCAAUAUGUUGAGAUUAUAGGAAGGUUACGAAACUUGGAAUGGUGGAGGGUGAUAAGAAAAGAUAGAUCAAUUAAUAGAGGAGCUUUCCUCAUUGCGCAGAGUGUCACAAAGGGAUGCUAUAAUCAUUCUUAUGUAGCUGCAGGUGUGCCACACUGGCUGGCUGAGACCUUUUAGAAUGAGGAACCACUGCCCUCUUCUUAGUUGAGGUGUUUGGCGCUUAGGUCUGACUAUUUUUGGGGGCGAUCUUGGAUGUUUGAUUUGAUCACUAAUGUUGUGGAGUAGAUGUUUUGUCUUUGUGGCUGUUUACAAAAACCUUUUGGUUAAGGUAAACCUUGGAGGGGUUAUUCUGGUUGUAAAUUGGUUAUUGGAACGUUGAAAUCCUUGAUGACAAAAAAAAAAGAGAACAAACUCCAAUCUUGGUCAUGUAAAAUAAUUGUUCUUGCUAAUUUAUCAGCAACUUGAUUGCCUUGGCGUCCCACAUGACGAAAAUUCGUCGACGUAAAUUGUUCAUUUCAUGCAUCUAUUAUUCUACACUUAGAUAUCUAAUCAAAACAGAUUAACAAAUAAUAUGUAUUUAAUGGGGGGAAAAGUUUAACUUCGUUAUAUAUAUUUUUCUUAGUAUAUAGAGUUGAAAACAAAAAAAUAAUAUAUAAAGAUUAUAUCUAGUUAAUAAAAAACAUUCUACCUAGAGGUGUCAAAAUGGAUUCUAAUUAAUGGAUUGAUCCAAACCAACCCAUGGUUUUAGUAAUUCAUGGUUUUAGUGAGUUAACAAUUUGGAUGUUAAUGGAUAAAAUGGUUUUUAUGGAUUAAUGGAUUUAGUGAGUUGGAUUAAUAUUGGUUUGGAUCAAAAUGGGUAUAUGGAUUAUCCAACCCAACCCAAUUUGUUUUACAUAAUCUUCUAGUUUUCAUGGUUUUAGUGUUUUUUUUCCUUUUUUUUCCCUCUCUCACGAGAAUCUCUCUUUUUCAAUCUCUUUUCAUCGAUCACCCUUUCUGGAUCAUUGAUUUUGGGUCAUCGAUCACGACACAUCUGUUGGAUCAAUUAUUCUAUGCCCAUGAUCUAUAAAAAUCUGUGAAACCAAAUGGGCCUUUGGAUCAUAAUAAUAAAAGCCUAAUUGGCUUAAACGAAGGAGAAAUGGAAGUAAAGUCCCACGUGGGGAAGCAACAAGAAUGCUGAGUGAUAUAUAUAGGCAUUCAUGCUAUCAUGGGUUAAACGGCUCAGAGGAAGAGAGAGCCUCCCACGUGUGCGCCGCCGCCGGUGUCCGGCCGGGUCAGCUCGGCUCGGCUCUUGGAUCUUGGGUGGAGGGCCUCCGGCCCAAAAAGAUUAUUUUUGGACCAACUUAAGCUCAACGUUUUGCCAGUUCAUUUCUAAAAAACAGCAUGACAUUUGUGUGUAAACGACAUGUAGUUCGUAUAAAAACGACACAAAGUUUAUCUGUUCGAAAUGGAUCAGAACGAGUCAACAAGAGAGAAACUUGCGGAAAAAGCUGCUCAACGUUCCACUCUGAGAUCUUUGAGAGAUUUUCGGAAAACGUUUGCAACAGUUUCGAGAAACCGCUCCUCGUCUCCUUUUUAAAUAUGGACUCUUCUCCUCUUCAUUUCUCACUUCUUUUUACAUCGAAACCAACAGCAAAAAUCCCAUAAUGUAAGUCAUAAAUACGAGAAUGUUUCGUAGAGUUUAUAGUUCGAUACGGCGAUCACGCGUGAAGCGUGAUUCGUUUGUCUGUUUGUGAAUACAAUUUUUAUUGUUUUUGUAUUCGUUUUUUUACAUUCGUCUAUUUCCUUAACUUUGUUUUUAUUAUAUCGUUUAGGUCAGUCUGGUUUACAGGCUUUUACAACAUCAAUCUUCCCUGUGAGUCAGAAAUCUAUUUUUCUUCAAUUUGGCCUUUUGGGUCACUGAUUUUUCUGGGUUGAUCCGAUUGUAUUUUAUUGAUCUGUUCACGUUUUAUUUUGGAUUGUAUUGAGUUCUAUAGACCAUUUUGAACUUCCGUAGCUUCCAGUACGCAGUUAACAGGGUUGCUUUGGUUAGUCGAUUGUCUUUGAGUUGCGAUGUAUCUAUAUACGCAGUUAAGAGGGUUUUGUUCUUACAUAUUACUGUAUUGGGCUGAACCAUACGAAGCAAUCAGGUUGGCUUCUUUGAUCAUGCGUAUGAUAUUUUUGGAUACAAGUCAACAUAUUUAAUAUUGUGAUUCUUAGCCAAAGAUUAUUGGAAGGUGCUUUGAGAAUAGAGAAGUUGUUGACUCUUGUUGAUAAGCUUGUUGUUAAGGUCUCUUUGACUAGUUUAUGAAGAAACACUUGUGGACUUUGAAGCUUUGUCUUAUUUGUGGUUUUGUUUUUUAAUAGUUACUUGACUUACGUCCUAAUCAAUUCCCUUUUUCCAAGAGAAGCUUUGUCUUAUGGCUUUGGUUAUGUGUUUUGCUUAAGAUUCCAUGGUUUUCGUUGUGUUCAUAUUGUGUCAUAGAGCUUCGUUGUGGGUUCUCUUCUGUUUUUAUUGUUUCCAGAGAAGGCUCUAAUUCUUCAUUAAGGGUUCUCUUCGUUGUGGCUAGUUAUGACUUGGUUGGGUUUUGUAAAACUAAUGACAGCCUUACUUGUUGAGACUUUUUUUUUUACUCUAACGGAACCUACUGAUUGUUCUUGUGCAACUCAUUUAAUUUUGCUUCUGUGUCCGCUUAUAUUAAAGUUUACUACACACAAGGGCAGUUUCAAGUUUUUUUUUACAUAAUAGAGCAGUUUCCGCUACAGAUGUAGUUUUUCAAUGGAAAGACUCCAAAAAACGUAACUGGUCGUUUCAUUUAGUUAAGUUGGUCAACUAAACAUUUAAAUGCACUUGAGUCCUAAUAUCUUUCUCUCUCCCUCAUCGAUUUUACUCCGACAUUUUUUUCUCAAAUCUCACAAACCAUGCUUUUCAUGUUCUACAGUAGCUUCACAUCUACGAACCUAACCAAAUAAUGAAAAUAAUCAACAUCCCAACGGCGUAUGACCAAAUUAUCGUCGAGGACUCGAGCUUUGACGAACUUGAGUUCUGGGUUCGAGAAUUGCGGAAUCCUAGAUGAUGAAAGCUAAAGAAAAGUUGAUUCUUUUGGUGCUUGGAGUUGACAGGUCAAUAAACGGGUUACAGCCGGAGAGCUCCAAUUCAUCACCUCCUCUCCGCCCUCAGCUCCUUUGUCCAAGAUCGCGUCGAUGUUAGAUCUCGUUCACCGGUGGUCGUUGCUCUUCGUCGCGUCACAUUAACAUCGGCUUCUCCACGUCUCAAGCCCAUGACCGCUCCAUCUCAGGUCGUGCUUUCAGCCUUCGCCGCCAUAGGAAUUAAUUCUCAUCGUCGUGUCUCUGCUCCGUCGUUGCCUGCUCGCCAUCGUCGUCAACGAUAUCCGACGAAAAGAUAGACCGAGCGACAUCAAUGGAUGAGUUUCAUCUUUUUCAGAAAUAGUCCUUCGGCUUUUAAUUAUUUUCAUUAUGCCCCCAAAAUAUUAAAAUGUGCAGAUUAGUCUCCAAAAUCACAUUGUACAUGACAUGAGAUGUACACGAGUACACGACAUGGGAUGUAUAAAAUCACUGCUCACAACGUAGUAUUUUUAGAUUAUGUACACAUGUACACGAUAUGGGAUGUAAAAUCACAUUGUAUAGAAAACAACAAUCUUUCAGGAAUAGUCCGCUGGCUUUUGAUUAUUUUCAUUAUGGCCCCAUAGCAUUAAAAUGUGCAGAUUAGUCUCCAAAAUCACAUUGUACACGACAUGGAAUACAUGGGAUGUACACAUGUACACAACAUGGGAUGCACAAAACCAUUUUGUACACGACAUAGAUGUACACAAUUACAUUGUGCAGAAUGUACACGACAAGGGAUGUACACAAUCACAUUGUACAGCAGACAACAAUCUUUCUACAUGGAAGCAUGCCCCCAUAUUGGAACAAAUCGAUGGGACGAGAUUUGCGAAAAAUAUUUCACACUGAUGGCUAUGCAUUGAAAGCUAGAUCUUGGAAGGCUUUUAUUCUUUUUAACACUUCUAAAUAUGUUUGCAUGUUUAACAUAUAUACUUUCAAAAGAAAUUUACAUGUACACAUGUUUUCACUAUCGAUAAGGGCUAAUGUGUACAAUAUACAUAUCUUAUUUUAUCAGAUGUUUACAUGUACACAUAUGUUUGAGAUAGAUGUUAGAUGUCCAGCAUGUUGUAAAGUUAUGUACAUUCGUUUGUGUACAUGUGUACAUGUAUACAUUAAAUGUUGGUAACAUAUAUGUGUACAAUACAUAUGGUAGUGUACAUGUGUACAUCACUGAAAAAUUAAACUAAUACCAUUCAAAGAUGAAAUGGUAAUAGAAUAUGACUUCAUAUCAUUAUACAAAGUUUAAUGAAGUUGAUUCUCAAAUGGUAGUCGAAUAUGACUUUCAUAUCAUUAUACAAAGCUUAAUGAAGUUGAUUCUCAAAUGGCAGUAGAAUAUGACUUUCAUAUCUCUUUAACAUGUACAUGCGUACACUAACAUUUGUGUACACAUCAUCGUGCUCACCCAAUGUACUCGUGUACACGAAAAAAUUUACAUACACAAAACACAAAAUAUAUGUUUCGUUUAUAUCAAAACCGUAUGCAACCUGUAUGUAUUGAAAUUCUUUCUUUCUCUCUGCUCCCAUUUCAUUCUCUCUAACAUUCCCAAGAUUCCCAGAUUUCAGAUUAUGUCUCUCGCUUGGGAAUUGGUCUGUCGAAAAAAACCUCCCAGCCAGAAGUUCUUUAAAAUCAUCAAGGCCAUGCGCCUCUUCGCUUAAUGAAGUUGAUUCUCAAAUGGCAGUAGAAUAUGACUUUCAUAUCUCUUUAACAUGUACAUGCGUACACUAACAUUUGUGUACACAUCAUCGUGCUCACCCAAUGUACUCGUGUACACGAAAAAAUGUACAUACACAAAACACAAAAUAUAUGUUUCGUUUAUAUCAAAACCGUAUGCAACCUGUAUGUAUUGAACUUCUUUCUUUAUCUCUACUCCCAUUUCAUUCUCUCUAACAUUCCCAAGAUUCCCAGAUUUCAGAUUAUGUCUCUCGCUUGGGAAUCGGUCUGUCGAAAAAAACCUCCCAGCCAGAAGUUCUUUAAAAUCAUCAAGGCCAUGCGCCUCUUCGCCGCUCUGCCCCCCCCCCCCCCCCCCCCCGAUACCCUCCACCGCUUUGUCACCUUCGGAAACACAAAGAUAUUUAUUUAGAAAGGGAAACAAAAUAAAAAAUCAAAACAGUUAUCACUCUAAUCACCUACGUUCACUUUCAGCCGCAGACUCCGUCUCCUCGACAUCGUCGCCGGAAUCUUCAACGUACGCUGUUAAACUCUCUUACCGGCCAGAAAUCGCCUCCUAUUCCUCUCAAACAGAGUUUCGAGAUUUAUUCUUGGUAACUGAUGUUUGUCAAAAGGUAAAGGUGACAGUAAUUAAUAAUACGACCCCACCAUUUCCGUUUCGAAAUUCAAAAACCAAACCAAAAAAUAUAAUAAAAUAAUUAACCUAACUAAAUGAAACGACCAGUUACGCUUUUUGGAGUCUUUCCAUUGAAAAACUACCUCUGUAGAGGGAACUGCUCUAUUGUGUAAAAUAAAACUUGAAACUGCCCCUGUGUGUAAUAAACUCCUUAUAUUAUCUCUUAUGUUUUUUUUUUCAGGUGAAAGAAGUCUCUGAAGCUGCUACGAGAAGAGACGCGUCGAUAUCUUUUGCGUUUGUGAAGACAAGUAUACUUGUGAAGCUCAAUUUGAAGCUUUAAAUGAUUAGAAACUGAUGAUUUAAAUGAUACAGAAUCUGUUCUCUUGAGAUGAUACUUAUGAACGCAUGGGAAGAUACUCAUCUUGUGAUUGUUUGUGUUCACUGAGAAGCAUGUGUUAGGUCAUUUAUAUGCUACUGAUUUCCAUCUAUCACAAGCGUAUUUAUUGCUAUUUCUGUUUUUUUUUACUUGCUUUUAUAUGUUUUGAUUGUGACAUGAGGCUUAUGAAGAUCAGCUUCUCUGUUGUAUUGAGUUGAUUGGUGACUGGUACUGUCUUGUUGAUUGUUUGAGAGAGUCAUGUUAAAAGUAAGAACUAAAUGUCCUAUUUUUUGCUUUACUAUUGAUGAUAUUUAUUCAAUAUCAUUGUCGACUUGGUAAGAAUCCUAACCCAUGUUGGACGGCCUUAGUAUACUCAAGACUCACCGCAUGAUCCUUUAUUUUGUCAGCAACUUAGACAGAUUCAUGUAGACUCUAGAAACCAAAAAGGGAGUUCUGCAUCCAUAUGGACAAUAAACGAUUGUUGCUUUCUUGCACUGCGUGCGAGAUUAUUUGCCCUUGAAUUCUGUGUCCGUAGUAUAUGAAUGACCUCUAAACUGUUGAAACUUCUCUUCAAAACCUUUAUGUCUUCCAAAUAACUUGUAAAGGCUGGUCAUUCUUCUGGUUUCGAAAACCAUUUUCACGAAUUAAGAAUAUUUUGUUGCAAAUGUAACAGUAAACUGUCUUAGAUUCCUCAUGCAUUCCAUUGUCCAAUUGAGAGCAUCUAUCUCUGAGUGAAGUGGCGAUUGACUCGCUCUUGUAUUCAUCGCUCCCAUUAAACCAUCAAAACCUUUCAGUGAAGUAGCGACUGACCCUCUCUUGUAUUUGCCGCAUGACCCUUUGUUUGGGAAUUAUGUACCUUUUGUUGAUUUCAAGAUAAAUGAUGCAAGAUAUUGAUCUUAUUAAUUUUCUGCUGCCAUUUAAAUAUGUGAUUAUGUGGUUUCAACUAAUUUGAUUGUUUUGAAAUUAUUAGUUGUGUAAAGCUUUAAUGCCAAGUUUUUGGAAUGCUUGCAGUGGAGUUUACACUCAAGAAUUUGCAGAGGUAGAUGGAUGGACUUAAAACAUAUGUUACUCUAAUGUUUUGGCGGAUUAACUAUAACUUAGGAGGUUGGUACAAGAUUGCGUAUUAAUAUAUAUUAUUUACUUAUGAAGUUUUUUCAUUGUUUGAUCGGCUUAGUAUUUUGUAUAAUUAUUAAGUACGUGAAGAAUUAUAGACGGAGGAGGGUGCUCUAGAUUCAUCACUAAUCCACCAUGGACUAGUGAAGUUUUUAAUGUAUCUAGUCGGUAAUAAUUUUUAAAACCUGAUUAAGUGGAAGUGAGGGUCCACUUUAAACCCCUCAAAAUUAUUUAUAAAAUAUUGUUGAUGUUUAGAUGUCUUCUUAUUAUUAUUAUUAUUAUUAUUAUUAUUAUUAUUAUUAUUAUUAUUAUUAUUAUUAUUAUUAUUAUUAUUGUAUUGCAAUAAUUCAUUUAGAAGUGAUUAAGGAAAUAUAUAAUUCCUAAUAUUUAUAUUGCCUAAAUUUACUAAGUAAUUUUAAACAGUUGAUAUAUAUGGAAUAGUUUCUUCGUAAUCUUUUGAAAUUCGAUCUAUGUCAAACUUCAUUUCUUAAUGAAAAAAAUGAAGAAAGCUGUUUUUGUUGUGGUUUUGAUUUGAUGUUGGUAGGUAAAAUAUAAUAUUAAAUCAAUCUUAAUUCUUCUUUUAAAAUAAAAAUAUUAUAAUUAGUUAAGUUCACUUUUAAGUCGUUAUUUUCUUCAUCUUCUAAAAUAUAAUUCCUAAUAUUUGCUAUUAUAUAAACUUACAUAUAAUAUAGUUGAAUCUAUCUAAAUAUUCAUUAAUUAUAAUAAAUGAUUGAUUAAUUACAGUCUAAAUAUACUGAAUCUAUCUAAAUAUUCAUUUUUAAAAACAUUUAUUAUAAUAAGUUAAAUUCACUUUAAAUUAUUUAUCUUUGUAAUAAUGUGAACAAUUGGUACUCGCUCACAUUUAAAAGUUUCCCAUCACUAAAAACUUAAAACCGUUCAAAAUUAUCACAUCAAAUGCCUCUAUCAAAUCUUUUAAAAAAUUAUUUCUUCUCACUCAUAAAGAAACCACACAGGUUAUUUCAAACUCUAAAAAUGAACUUAAUGCCUUACAACAAUACCUUAAUUUCAGAUCUGAGUAAAUCAUCAAACAAUGUCAAAUUGUUGGCAGAAAUUUUAUGAGUAUGGAAUCAUCGAUAAUUAUAUGUGAAAUAGAUUAAAAAUUAUAAUUAAAAUAUUUAAAAAUAAGUAAGUUUUAUUUAUUUAAAAGUUUUAGUUGAUAAUUAUUAUUGACAUGUAUUUAUAAAGCAAAAACAGAAAAAUAAAUAAAUGAAAAGUAAAUUGGGUACUGAAUUUUUCAAAACAAAAACCAUUGUAAAUAUGAAUAUUGAAUAAAUGUUAAAUGAUUAUGUGGAAAAGAGGUAAUGUGAUGUGGAAUGUACAAAGUGAAAAGGUGUCGAAGGAUAUAACUGUUGUGUGAAAUUGUGAAAAUUGAUAGUUAUAUAGAUCGAAUUUGUGGGUAGAGCUUAGAAUUUUAACCGGAGCCGUUUACCUGAAAUGGACCGAUUCAGUUAUGGCUAUAUUACCUAUGGGAUCCUGCUUCUAAUACUCGUGAGCAUCAUUUCGGUUUUUAUUUUUACCAAAAAUCAGAACAGAUACACGUUUGGAUAAGCAGAAAAACAAAGAAGCAACUAUGUUAGUACUGGACCACUUUGAUUUACAUAUAAUUUUUCUUUGUCGAUAUAUAUAGGAUUCACAUAAUUAACAUGUAUCUGAAACCAAUCCAAAACCGGUGAUACCCAAUCCAAAACAUAAACCAAAAUCUAAUAAGUACUUAUUGAGUGUAGAAUUCAUAUAUCCUAAAGAUCCACCCAAACCCAGCCCGAAUAUCUGAAUUCUCAAGCUUACAUGUGGGUCACAGAAAACUCAAAUAUGAAUGAAUAACCACAAGCCCAAGACACCUACAAAAAAAAACAAGGAAAUGUGUAAUUAGGGCUGGACAUUUGGAUGUCCUUUCGGGUAUACAUGCUAUUUAUUCAGGUAUAUAUUUUUCAGAUUUUGAAAAAUGAUCCCGUUCGGGUUACUUUAAUCUGAAAGUAACCAUGAAUAUAAAGUUAUUUGAGUAUUUUUAUCCAAAACAUCCCAUUUCAUCUAACUAAUAUAAUUGGUUUAUAAAUUUAAUUUAGAUACAAGCCUACAACUUCAUCUUCUCCAGACCCCAAAACCCUUCUAAAACCCUAUCACUCACACUCAGAAUUCUCACAUUUCCAGCCAUGUCAAUUUCCAAAGCUGCCCUUCUGCAAACACUCGCUCGAGCCUACCGCCCUCCGCCGUUUUCCGCCGUCCGACGCAUGUCUUUCGCGACGCAGGAAGAAGCCGCCGCCGCCGAAAGUCGCCGUCGUAAGCGUCGUAUUCGCAUGGAGCCACCACCUCUCAACAGAUCCAAUCAACCUCAAAUCUCUAGACCUAUCCAGAACCCAAACAUCCCGAAGCUACCAGAAUCAGUAUCCGCUCUCACCGGAAAACGCCUCGAUCUCCACAACCACAUCUUAAAACUAAUCCGAGAGAACGAUCUCGAAGAAGCCGCUCUCUACACUCGUCACUCCGUCUAUUCUAACUGCCGCCCGACAAUUUUCACCGUCAACGCCGUUUUAACGGCGCAGCUCCGUCAGUCAAAGUACGGGGCGCUUCUGCAGUUACACGGUUUCGUCAACCAAGCUGGCAUCGCCGCCAAUAUCAUCACCUACAACUUGAUCUUCCAGGCUUAUCUUGAUCUUAGAAAGCCUGACGUUGCUCUGGAGCAUUACAAGCUCUUUAUAGAUAACGCGCCGUUGAAUCCUUCCGUUGCUACUUUUAGGAUUCUUGUUAAGGGUUUAGUUGACAAUGGGAGUCUUGAGAAAGCCAUGGAGAUAAAGGAAGAUAUGAGUGUUAGAGGCUUUGUUCCUGACCCUGUUGUUUAUAGCUAUCUAAUGGUAGGGUGCGUGAGGAAGUCUGAUGCUGAUGGUGUCUUUAAGCUUUAUGAGGAGUUGAAGGAGAAGCUUGGUGGGUUUGUUGAGGAUGGUGUGGUUUAUGGGCUGUUGAUGAAAGGUUAUUUCAUGAAAGGGAUGGAGAAGGAAGCUACAGAGUGUUGUGAGGAAGCUAUUGGAGAGAACUCAAAGGUUAGGAUGAGUGCUAUGGCGUAUAACUACGUGCUUGAGGCUUUGAGUGAGAACGGGAAGUUUGACGAGGCUUUGAAGUUGUUUGAUGAGAUGAAAAGGGAACAUGAUCCACCGAGGCGUUUGGCUUUGAAUUUGGGGAGUUUUAAUGUGAUGGUUAAUGGGUAUUGUGGUGAAGGGAAGUUUGUGGAAGCAUUGGAGGUUUUCAGGCAAAUGGGUGAGUUUAGCUGUAGUCCUGAUACUUUAUCAUUCAACAAUCUGAUGAAUCAGCUGUGUGAGAACGGAUUGUUGGCAGAGGCUGAGAAGCUUUACAAUGAAAUGAACGAGAAUAAGGUGAAGCCUGAUGAGUACACUUAUGGUUUGUUGAUGGAUACUUGUUUCAAGGAAGGUAAGAUAGUGGAAGGAGCUGCGUAUUAUAAAACGAUGGUUGAGUCGAGUCUGAGAACAAACUUGGCUGUGUAUAACCGGUUGCAAGAUCAGCUGGUUAAAGCCGGGAAACUCGACGAUGCGAAAUCCUUCUUUGAUAUGAUGGUGAGCAAGCUCAAGAUGGACGACGAGGCUUACAAAUUCAUCAUGAAGGCGUUAAGUGAAGCUGGGAGACUGGACGAGAUGCUUAAGAUUGUGGACGAGAUGCUGGGUGAUGAAACUGUUAGAGUGAGCGAAGAAAUACAAGAGUUUGUGAAAGAAGAGCUGCGGAAAGGAGGAAGAGAGGAUGAUUUGCAGAAACUUAUGGAUGAGAAAGAGAGAUUGAAAGAGGAGGCAAAGGCGAAAGAGUUAGAAGCAGCAGAAGCCAAGAAAAGGAGUACAAAUAUUAGUAUAGCUUCGUUAAUGAGUCCAAAACUAGAAGAAGAAAAGAAAGAAGAGGUAAAAGAUGCUUUGGGAUAAUAAUGGUGUUGUUGAAGAAGUCAAUGUAGGAGCCCAAGGAGAAGAAGGCGUGAAUAAGCUAUGAUCCACCUUUUUCUAUUAUCCCAGGAUUUUUGCAAAGUCAUUUUUUUCAACCUUG